AUGGCUGCGUCGUCUCUGCCUCUGCGCGGACCAUCAUCACCUCCUGCACACAUGGCAGAGGUCAAGGCGUGUGCCGGCGUCAUCUGCUGCAACGCCGACCAUUCGGCGCUACCGUGCAUCGACAGCUGCCACGACUGCACGCUGUCCGCACCGGCCUCGCCCUGUUCCGACGCUCAUCACAUCUCCAGCAGCUGCACUGAACCAACCUGCGGAGCCGCUUCGUCGUCCACAAACCCAGGGCUCUGCACGUCCGCCAUCGCCUGCUGCGACGACACCGCAUGCGAGGACCUCGCCACUUCGCCCUGCUCCGACGGCGCAUGCUCGGCCCCAGAGUGCUCGUCGGCCAACAUUGCCGUCCCCACCAUCGCCACCUGCUGCCAAGAUGAGGCGUGCGAACCCAUCUCCUCACCCAGGCUGGUGGCCAAGCCCAAGCCUUCCACACGCGAACGACUCGUCCCACCAGAAUUGGACGCUUCUGCACACGUCAAGGCUCACGCGCGGCAUUCCGACAAGGAAUGCCAGGAAUGCAGGGGUUCCCUAUCCGUAUCUGAUUCGGCAGAGGGCGGCAGGAUGUACGGCAGCUUCCAAGAGCUGCUCGACUGUUGCUGUUGCUCCAUGCCACCCACUGUGGACCAAUGCUGUGUAGGCAAGACGCCGUACCCAUGCAGCACCUUCCCGCCUCAUCCUCAUGACCAUCUGGUCCACGACCUUGCGCCGGCGUCUUUUACAUCAGACACGCCGUCGACCGCCAUCACACACGCUGCGCCAUCCACCUCACCUGCGCACAAUCUUUGUUCGCGCUCGUCGACAGUCUCGUCAGCGGUUACUCCGCAGCCGCUCACCGAGUCUCCGGCGUCGGCGUUCCCGUGGCCGACGGACUACGUCGCCGCAACGCACAACGACAAGCACAAGCUUCCCACGCCAUUCGCGGGCCAAGCACCGACGCUGGAUGACAUCCUCACCGAACUGCAGUCGUGGAACGACUGCUUGUUCGAGCAGCCCCACAUGCACAGCAGCGGAGGUGGAUGUCUGCCGCCAGCCAUGACGCUGUGCAGCUCCAAUGUCUGUCCGACGGCAGCGCCACACUCGCAUCGUGCACCGCACCAUGCUCGCGGCGGCUUUGAGGGCGAGAACGGCCACCACGAUCCACGGCCGCAGAUGUGCCAAUGGGCAGGAUGCAACGAGCGUUUCUGGACGGUCGAAGAGCUCGUCGCGCAUGUCAACCACUCGCACCUGGCGCCCAAGAAUACGCAGGCUGCCGAGAGUCCGAAUACGGUCAUGCAGCAUGCGCAGCAGAUCGGCACGAUCGAUGCGGGCAAACACGCGGGUGCGAGCGUCGAGUGUCUGUGGGACGAUUGCCACCAGGUACCCACGCCGAUGGCGGGCAAGCUGCAAGAUGCGCUCGUGCCAGCCACGGCGGGUGGCGAUUUGUGGAACAACGGCGCGGCCGACAAGUUUUCGCUCGCCAUCCUGCAGCAUCUGCUGCACGACCAUCUGGGCCAGCACGUGCAUCACCCCAGCCACGCCGAGGGUGUGCUGCCCGAGCCUGCCAAAGAGGAAGCAGGCGGGGUUCAGGUGAAGAAGCGCAAGGCGAGUACGAGCAGUGGAAGUGCGUGCGACCAUGGUCCACUCGUGUGUCGAUGGGAAGGCUGUUCGCUCGAGUUCGACACGCACGCCUUGCUGACGGAGCACCUCGAAUCCGCGCAUGUUGGGUCGGGCAAAGCGUCGUACGAAUGUCGAUGGACCGGCUGCCCACGGCACGGGCACAAGUUUACGCAGAAGCAGAAGGUGCUCCGCCACCUGCAGACGCACACGGGAGACCGGCCGUUCAAAUGCACCAUCUGCGGUAAACGCUUUUCGGAGCAAAACACACUCGCGCAGCACGUGCGCACGCAUACUCUGGAGCGGCCGUACGUGUGCGACCACCCUGGAUGCGGUAAGGCGUUUAGCGUUGCUGGGUCGCUCACGAUCCACAAGCGGACGCAUACGGGCAGCAAGCCGUUCGUGUGCAGCUUCCCCGGCUGCGGCAAGGCGUUUGCAGAGAGCAGCAAUCUGACCAAGCACAUGCGCACGCACACGGGCGUCAAGCCGUUCCGCUGCGAAGAGUGCGGUAAGUGCUUCAGCCGCCCGGACCAGGCGAGUCGGCAUCGCAAAACGCACGAGCGAAAGAGGCGGAAGCAGGACCCACCCGCGCAGGUGCACGAUGAGCUUCUCGUCUAG